ACCGCACCCGGCCAAAUGUGAUGGUACUUGUAUUUAAGUAGGAUUAGGGAUUCAUUGACAUCAUGAAGCAUAUUGUGUUUUAUUGUUGGUUAUAAUGCAACAUUUUCCCCAAAGCAAUAUGUAUAAUUGAUAAGAUUGGCAGCAAUUUGUAUAUAUGUGAUUUAUAAGUGUAAUAUAUGUUCUUUAUUUUUAUGUGAGUUUUGGUUAAUAAAAAAUUUAUUUUAUUGUGAAACUCCAAUGAACCUCCAUAUACCAAUUAUCCAGGCUUAACAGUUUUGGUUCAUGGCCAUGAUCAUGUUUCAGCUACACUCCUAUCUGCUUCUCUGCCUUUCCACCCUUUUUUUUUAUCACUGGAUUAUUUUAAAGCAAAUCCCUGGUCAUUAUUUUACUGAAGUAUUUCAGUAUGUAUAUAUUAAUAACACUUAAACUAAAGUGUUAUUUAAAACGAAUAGAACCACAGUAUCCUUAACUCAAUUUUCAAUUAAAAAUAUCAAAGAUAAUUCCUUAAUAGCCAGAGUUUAUUUUUCUCCAGUCAUCUCAAUUGUUUUCCACAAUUUGUUUGAGUAAUGUUUCAAAUGUCUAUACAUUGUAUUUAGUUGUAUGUUUUAAAUAUGUUUUGAUCCAUAUCCUCCACCCUUUUUUCCCUUGCAGUUUAUUUUUUGAAGAAACAGAAUUAUUUGUUUCAAAUCUCUGCUCCUCUCCCUUCCCUGCAAGACUAUGUCAUAGGAAGUGUUACAUAUCUCUGUCAGCAAGCAUGCAUUGCCUCUUUUUGUUAUAGCAGUAGCUGCUGUUGAUUUUUGUUGCCUGCAUGGAUUCAUUCACCAGCAGUGGCAAGGAUAUUUUUAAGAUAAAUUUAUAAUAUACAUGUAUGUCAUGUAUAUUAUAUGAAUAAGUCAUUGUCAGUUCACUUUGCUUUUUUCAUAAACGCUGGUCUACUAAUUCAAUACGAAGUAUCAAGUUGGAUGUAUUAUCCACUAAAUUUUCAUUAUUUUUUAGGAAGAGUAUCUACCAAAGUGUUCUUCACUCUUUUUGCCCUGCUUGGUUUCUUCAUUUGUUUCUUUGGACACAGAUUCUGGAAAACAGAAUUAUUCUUCAUAGGAUUUAUCUUCUUGGGAUUCUUCUUUUAUAUACUGAUUACAAGACUGACACCCAUUAAGUAUGAUGUGCGUCUGAUUCUGACAGCCAUCACUGGAAGCAUUGGUGGAAUUUUCUUGGUAGCUGUGUGGUGGCGAUUUGGAAUCCUCACGCUGUGCAUGCUGUGUAUUGGACUAGUGCUGGGGUUCCUCAUCUCAUCAGUGACUUUCUUCACUCCACUGGGAAACUUAAAGGUUUUUCGUGAUGAUGGUGUGUUUUGGGUGGCUUUCUCUGGUAUAGUUAUCCUCAUUCCAGUAGUUUUCGUGGGCUGCCUAAGAAUACUGAGCAUACUGACCUGUGGAGUCGUGGGCUCCUAUUCGGUGGUUUUGGCUGUUGACAGUUACUUGUACACAAGCCUCUCUCACAUCACUUUGAACGUACUCAGGAGAGCACUCAACGAGGAUUUCCACAGCACUUUCACAAAUGUGCCUUUUCAAACGAAUGACUUUAUUAUCCUGGCAGUAUGGGGGAUGCUGGCUGUAAGUGGAAUUACAUUACAGAUUCGAAGAGAAAGAGGGCGACCUUUCUUUCCUCCCCACCCGUACAAGUUAUGGAAGCAAGAAAGAGAGCGCAGAGUUACCAACAUUCUGGACCCCAGCUACCACAUUCCUCCAUUGAGAGAGAGGCUCUAUGGCCGAUUAGCCCAGAUCAAAGAGCUCUUCCAGAAGGAACAGCCAGCUGGAGAGAGAACACCUCUGCUUAUGUAGAUGCCCAGGAACUUGGUCUGUGUGCCUCUGCUUUCGUGUUUAUGCCCAGGCUGCUUCCGUCUAAGAAGAGAUCAGGCAUAUAUCUGUGCUUUGCAUGAUAUUAUGGUGUCUUUAAUGAUAGAUGGUUAAGGGUAUGCUAGAGAAUUAGGAUGAUUUUAAGAGAGAGAAUGAGAAACAUGACCCAAAAUUUGGUGGUAGGGAGGCUUUCCCUUAUCUCCAAAUACUUGAGAAAUUAAACAUUUUGGUUUACAAAUAUAUGAUCAACUUAUUCCAUUAAAUAGAGACACUAAAAAUAUUAAAAAACAGUGAUUGAUUCUCUUGCAAAGCCCUAGUGUUUCUUUUUAUAACUCCUUGAACAAAUCUCUCACCUGAUUUCUGUCUGAACAUGGAGAGGGAUGGGUUUAUUUAAGUGUUAUACUGAAUCUUUAUUUGCCACCAUGUUUGGAGAUUUAGGGAUUUGAUACUGGGCAUUUAAACUUCAGAAUACGAAAAGAGAAGUAACUUAUUUUCUUACUAAAAGCAGUCUGAUUACUUAGUGGCAUGUCUGUCUUAAUACCAUACAUUAUCAAAUAGGCAUACCGUUUUUUGUGGGUUUCAGUAUUUUAAAAAUUUUUAAUUGUGACAAAAUACACAUAAAAAUUUACCAUCUUAUUCAUUUUUAAGUGUACAAUUCAGUAGGUUCCCUUUGUUUUUGUCUUUUAUUGCUUAAAAUGGUGAUUUAAAUAGCUAAGUUAUUUGAAGAUAGUUCAAUUUAUAUAGAUAAAUAGAACUUUUAUGUGGAUGAUUUAUUUAUACUCCAAAAUAAUGGCACUCUUUCUUUCAAGGCCUUUUAAAAUAGUGUUGACAGGUGAUCUUCAAAUUGCAUUAGAUGACAUAUAGAUUAUGUUUGUUUUUUAGGAAACAAGUUGACCCCUACCUUAAUCUAUAUGCUGUUAACAAGGAAACCUUGAAAAAUUUUGCAUUUCAUAGUUCAUUCUUUCUGCUAAAUUAGCUGUUAGCAUGGGGGUAAAAUGCAAUUUUUAGUAAUUUCAGUGUGAAGCUUUUGUGCCAUCUAUGUUUUAAAGUGGCGAGGAAGGUGUCAAAAAGGAUUCAGGUGUUUAGUGUGCUGCUUUUAAUUAGGCCCUUGGAUUCCAUGAGGGGCAUCCCCUCAGUUUUGACACCCUUGUUUCACUAUAAGAAAGCACCUGGUUGUGUCAAAAAGGAUUCAGGUGUUUAGUGUGCUGCUUUUAAUUAGGCCCUUGGAUUCCAUGAGGGGCAUCCCCUCAGUUUUGACACCCUUGUUUCAUUAUAAGAAAGCACCUGGUUGCCCCGGGCUGCAUACCUACUGGUCAUGGCCUUUUCUCAAUCAGCUGUCAGGGUGCUGAAUUGUGAGCUGGUGACUCGGACAGGCCUGAGUGAUAUUAAGAUUGGUGAGAUGGUUGUUGCACACAUAUUUGUGAGUUAACCACUAUUUAAAUGAUGCUGCUUGUUAGAGUUUUCUCAAAGUACAGUAGAUUUUUGAUAUUUCAGGUAAUUGGGAAAAUCUUUAACUUUGAAAAGUGUUCUGGGCAGGAUAAAACAAAAUUUAAAAAUAGAAAACAAAUCAUUUUUGCUUUGAAAAAUUCAAUGCAGGUGUCAAUUUACAAUUUAUUCUGUUAUCUUUACUGUCUAUAACUUCAGUAACACUUAAACUUGAUGAAAAAAUGUUUUUUUAUAAUUUGCUGUAGAGACUCUGGCUUCUGCUGUACCUUUGUACAUUCUAACAAAGUUCUGUGGGAUGUUUGUGAGUUAUUUUCUGUACCAUCAGAAUGCACUGCCAGUGAAGACUGUAAAGGGAGAACACACCUUUUUGGAGGAAAGAUACAAAAAAACUGUUUAAACUUUUUCAUGAUCAUUUGUGAUAAAAAGCCAGUUUGUAUGGUUUUUAUAAUAAAUACCUAUUUUGGAAAAAA